GGAGCAGUCAUACGACUGGCCUUGGCACACUAAGUGUAGGUUUUAGCAAGGAUGGCGGUCUGGCGAGUGGCUUUGGCUGGGUUAGGACAGCGAUAGAACCGUUUUAUACUCACAGACAUUCAGCAUGCAGUGGACUGUAUAUCAACAUAGCUGACAAAGUUGGCUACCCUUUACACACAAAGAUUUGGCAAGACGUCACGAGGGGAGCAUUGGAGCUAUUACAGUUAUUAUAAAGAAUUAGAUCGUAUCUUGUAAUGUCAUCUAAAUGGAUAAAAUCUACCAUUUGUCCUCUUGUUCAUUUAUUGCAACCAUUGAAGAGGCUCAAACUGCCACCUCAGUAUUUACUUUACUUUAGAGGGGGCGGUGUUGACCCUCCGUGCACCCCGCCUACUAGUUUUUUCCUCGUUGUCGACGUCACUCGACCAAACUCCAUGCAAAUUGCUCCUCACUGGAACGCCAUUGGCUACUCGCUCAUUUUAAUCGCUGUCAAAACGCAUCAUAUGGCCGCCGCUUUAACAAACUCUUCAACUCCACUAGGAAAAGUAACUCAAAUGCACGUUCAAUUAAUGUGGAUGUGAAACGGCAGUCGGACACGACACUAAACAGGCUACAGGAGCAAAAAGAGACCCCGAGACAAACUGCGAACGGUUGGGAAUAAACUGUAUUCCACAUUUCACCGGAGCUCCACUGGCUUGUGAGGCACCUGCUUCAAGUGCGGACUACAGAGCGCCGAAAGUUUCAUGCUUUUUCUCUGCUAGCGGAGAACUUCUAAGCCACUUGAAUGUAUAGCAUGAUGAUGGAAACGGACCUUCAUUCCCCGGGACCACAAACCAACACGAAUCCGGGGCAAACGGGUCCAAACUCGGGGAGCAAAGCCAACCAAGACCGCGUAAAGAGACCCAUGAACGCUUUUAUGGUCUGGUCCCGGGGCCAGCGGCGAAAAAUGGCUCAGGAGAACCCCAAAAUGCACAACUCUGAAAUUAGCAAAAGACUCGGUGCUGAGUGGAAGGUGAUGUCAGAGGCUGAAAAGCGGCCCUUUAUUGAUGAAGCGAAGCGGUUGCGCGCCAUGCACAUGAAGGAGCAUCCGGAUUACAAAUACAGACCGAGGCGCAAAACCAAGACCCUGCUUAAAAAGGACAAAUACUCGUUGGCUGGCGGCUUGCUCGGCGGCGCGGGAGGCGGAGUCGGGAUGAGUCCUGCAGGGGUCGGCCAGAGGUUGGAGAGUCCUGGGGGUCACGGAGGCUCGGCCGGUGGCUACGCUCACAUGAACGGCUGGGCAAACGGCGCUUACUCCGGCCAGGUGGCCGCCGCGGCAGCAGCGGCUGCGAUGAUGCAGGAGGCGCAGCUCGCUUACAGCCAGCACCCAGGCAGUGGGUCUCACCAUCACCACGCUCAUCACCAUCACCCGCACAACCCUCAGCCCAUGCACCGCUACGAUAUGAGUGCCCUCCAGUACAGCCCCAUCUCGAACUCCCAGAGCUACAUGAGCGCUUCUCCAUCCGGCUAUGGUGGGAUAUCAUACACGCAGCAUCAAAACUCCAGCGUCGCUUCUUCUGCCGCCAUCGGUACGCUGAGCUCGCUCGUCAAGUCCGAACCCAAUAUAAGCCCUCCGGUCAGCACACACUCCCGAGGCCCCUGCACCGGAGACUUGAGAGAAAUGAUUAGCAUGUAUUUACCAACCGGCGAGUCCGGAGAUCCGUCUGUGCAGAGCAGACUGCAUGCCUUACCGCAGCACUAUCAGAGCACAACUGCCGGAGUAAACGGAACUGUCCCACUGACGCAUAUUUGAAAGAGCUGAUGGAAAGUGAUGGGUAACGCGCAUUCAGAAACACUCCACCAAAAAUAUUUACCUCUUUUUUUCUUUUCUUUUUUAGAUUGUCAUUGAACUAAUUUUGUACAGAAUGUUUUAUGAUGUUCAUGUAAAUUAAAGGUAAAUAUUGUUUCGAUUGCAGUUCGAAUAGAAACUGGGAUCUUAUCAAAUGUAUCACUUUCAGUGAAACAUUGUUUAAAUAUGACGUCUUUAAAAGUGAUUCUGACAGCGUUUCUGGCCACGCCAAGAAAUAUGCGACAUACUGUUAUUCUUUAAAUAUUUAAGUUUCUGUGCAAAUUGACUUUUGAGAUGAUAAUAACAAAAGUCUAGCGUGAAUAACUCAAUGAAGUGUUUUGAAAGCCCAUAAAGAGUUUCCUGCUUAUUACAUUUACCAAAACGUUUGUACACGUGAAUUAAUGUACCAGAUUUAUGUUGUAAUAUUUCUUGUAAAUUGUGAAUAAGUUUUAAUAUUUCAAAAGACUGGCACGUCACUGCUGCUGUACAUAAUUUAUGACAUGCAUUCCUGCCAGUUCAAAUCUUAACCUUGCGUUGAUUCAUGGUCUAAAUAAAAUUGGAGAAAAACUUACUCUGCUCCAAAUUGGUGUUAGUUUUGUUACCUAAUUCAUCAUACUUUGCAAU